AUGCUGAUGAGACACAUUCUCAGACAAAUUAUCCAGCCAGUUUAUCAAAAGGGUUUUCAUGAGCCGAGAGCUAGUGAAACAUCCUUGGAAGACCUUCUCAAGGGCAUGGAAGCAUGGGACGUGGGGCAACUUGCAAGCAUGCUGAGGCAGCAAUUGGAAAACAAGAUAUAUCUAAUUGUUCUUGAUGAUGUUUGGAGCAUAGCUGCAUGCGAAGCUAUUCGAUUUUCUCUGCCUGACUCAAACAAUGGUAGCAGAAUACUGGUUACAACGCGAAUCAGAGCUGUAGCACACACCUGUUGUUUCCAUGAGUAUGACCGAGCUUACGAAAUCGAACCUCUCACAGAUCAUGAAUCCAGAGACUUGUUCUUUAAAAGGAUAUUUGGCAGUACAGUUAAUUGCCCGGAUAACUUAAAGGAAAUUUCAGAAAAGAUCUUGGGAAAAUGUGGGGGUGCACCCUUAGCUAUAGUGAGCAUAGCAGGUCUCUUGGUCAGUAAGCCAGUGCUAAGUAAAGAUCAGUGGCAGAAAAUUUAUAGCUCUCUUGGAUCGGAGCUUGAAACUAGUCCAUCACUUGAGAGAUUGAAGAAAAUACUUGAGCUAAGCUAUAAUGAUCUUCCUUACCACUUGAAAACUUGUUUCUUAUAUUUAAGUGUUUACCCUGAGGACCAUAUUAUCAGAAGGAAAAGUGUACUGAGACGAUGGGUAGCCGAACGCUUUGUGACUGAAAAGCGUGGACUUUGUGUCUUUGAAGUGGCAGAAAGCUACUUCGAUGAGUUCAUCAAUCGAAGCAUUAUUCAUCCUGAGGACAUGAGCUUUACUGGGAAGGUCAAAACAUUACGAGCUCAUGACGUGAUGUUAGAGAUUAUUGUGUCAAGUGGAGACAUGAAAGAUAUUGCAACAAGCAAGAUGUUAUCCCAUGUCCGGUCCUUGAGCAUAUUCUCUGGUGGAGAAACACUGCAGUUUGGUUGGAUGAAACUAUUGAGAAUAUUAGAUUUAGAAGGUUAUGGAAUUCUGAGGAAUAGAGAUCUCAAAAAUGUAUGCAGCCUCUUUCAGUUGGAGUAUCUUAGUCUCAGAAAAACGCACAUCAUGGAACUCCCCGCACAAAUAGGAAACCUGCAGAAGUUGGAGACUCUGGAUAUAAGGGAAACGGGUGUCAAGCAUUUGCCUCCAGGCAUUACCUAUCUUCCUCACUUAAUAAACUUACUUGGAGGGAGAAGAUUUUACAAUCACAAUGGAUUGUGGCCUGUUUCUGAGUUUUGGGGGUUGCAUGUCCCUAACAAAAUUGGCAAUUUGGAUGCACUUGAAACACUUGAGCAGGUAGAAAUCACAGAGUAUGCUUCCCAUUCCAUUAGUGAGCUGGGGAAAUUAUCUCGUUUGAGGAAGCUUGGGGUAAUGAUGUUUGUUGAUGAUGACAACAGCUGGGCAUCCUUGAUGUCUGCACUUGAGAAUAUAAGUAGCAGCUUAUGCUCAUUAUUACUUUGGCGUCCUGAUGGGACAAUGAACUUCAAUUCUCUUGAUUCAUUAUCAAGACCACCAUUGUUUAUGAGAAGUAUUGACUUUCGUGAAUUCCCAGUUCUUAAGUUGCUUGUCAUUCAUCUCGCCAUGUUUGAAGCUUGGAGGGCAAGAUUUCAUGAAGGUGCCUUGCCUAGGCUUGAAAAGCUAGAACUGUCAUUGUUUCAACAAGCUUCCAUCCAAGAGGUUUCUGGUAUAGAGUUCCUUCCUAAUCUUAAGGAGGUUUCGGUUUCUGCUUGUCCAGACAACACUAUGGAGGAUGUCAUUCAAUCUCUGAAGGAUGAUGCCAAGAAGAACCCUAGUAAUCCCACUGUCACUUUCAAUACGAAAAAGUGGGUACCGAUGAAGGCAAGACAGAUCCACCUUUAG